AUGCCGAAGGUAUCCAGCUCCCGUGCUGCCGCCGCAGCACGCAGACACAACCCGCUCGCUGAAGAUAUCACUUCUGCGGGGCAUCUUCGGACACAGAGCAGCAAGAAAGGCAAAAGCAAAGCAAAUGCAAACGACGAAGAUGCCGAAGAUGGACAGCGCUAUAUCGAUGCGAAGAUGUCGCGCAAGAUUCUACAGAUCGGGCAGGAACUGGCCGACGAGGAUGCAGCCGAACAACUCAAGAACUCAGCACAGCCCAAAUCGAAUGGUGCAUUUGAAUUCGAUACCCGAUUUGAGGAUGAGGCCGAGCCUUUUUCCGACGACGAGGGAAAUUUCGAGGCCGAUGAUUGGGUUGAUGACGAAGUUGAGCAAGUUGAGGUCGACCCCAAUGAUCUAGAUAUGUUCAACAAAUUCAUGCCCCACGAUGAAGACCCUAUAUUCCACCCCAAGGACCCCAGUUCCGCUGGUCCCACCAACCUUGCCGAUUUGAUUCUUGAGAAGAUCGCUGAGCACGAGGCGAAGCAGUCAGGCGAGGCUGGCCCAUAUGGUCAAUACAUCCAAGGUGGUGGUAUUCCCGAAGAUGCAGUCCAGAUUCCCGCCAAGGCCGUGGAAGUAUAUGAGAAGGUCGGCAUGAUUCUCUCACGUUACAAGUCUGGCCCGCUCCCCAAGCCCGUCAAGAUCCUUCCCUCAGUACCCAACUGGCAGACCAUCCUGGAUAUCACCCGUCCCGAGUCAUGGACUGGAAACGCCGUCUACGCUGUAACCCGUAUUUUCAUUUCGGCCAAGCCUCAUAUUGCUCAGGAGUUCGUCAACAUGGUGCUUCUGGAGCGUGUGCGCGAAGAAAUUCACUCGACCAAGAAAUUGAACGUUCACACAUACAACGCCCUGCGCAAGGCGCUGUACAAGCCCGCAUGCUUUUUCAAGGGACUUCUGUUCCCGCUCGUGUCAACCGGCACUUGCACCCUGCGCGAAGCCCACAUUGUCUCCUCUGUGAUCGCCCGUGUCUCUGUGCCCGUGCUGCACUCCGCAGCUGCCCUGCUCCGCAUGUGUGAUCUCGCCGCGGAACAGUCGUUGACCUCAAUUGAAAGCACCGGUGCCGUCAACAUGUUCAUUCGAGUCUUCCUGGAGAAGAAGUAUGCCUUGCCGUAUAAGGUUGUUGAUGCUCUGGUGUUCCACUUCCUCCGCUUCCGCGCUGUCGAUCCUUCCGAGGAUGCCAUGAACGACGGUCCCUCUGGCCUAGGGUCGAAGGCAUACAAACUGCCCGUUCUUUGGCACCAGUCUCUUCUGGUUUUCGCCCAGCGCUACCGUAACGACAUCACCGAAGACCAGCGUGAGGCGCUUCUCGAUCUGCUCCUUGUCCGUGGACACAAGGACAUUGGACCUGAGGUUCGACGUGAAUUGCUUGCUGGCCGAGGACGCGGUGUGGUAGUCCCUGACCCCGAGGCUCAAAACGCUCUCGAUGCUGGCGACGACACGAUGGAUGUCACCAUGUAG